AGCAGUGUGAGAUCUUUGGUAUCCAUGGGAGCAUCUGUGGGAGCAGUAACAAAACAGACCCUGUUCCCUCCUCUCAUGCCUGCAGGCCGACCUUUCCGUGUGUCGAAUGCCUCCCGAAGCAGCCGGAAAGGAAUUGUUGCAAGCAGUCUGCAAGAGCUCAUCAGCAAGACUUUAGAUGCCUUCCUUAUAUCUGCUGGAAUUAUUACUCUGGUUUUGGAGGAAGAUGGCACAGUUGUGGACACAGAAGAGUUCUUCAAGUCCCUGGAUGAUAAUACACACUUCAUGGUUCUAGAAAAAGGACAGAAAUGGACACAAACAAGAAAUGGAGCUGCUGCUGUGAGACAAAAGAAGAAAAUGGGAGUAGCUAACAUCACGUUUGAUCUGUACAAGCUGAACCCUAAGGAUUUUAUUGGCUGCUUAAACAUCAAGGCGACCUUCUAUGAGAUCUACUCUGUCUCAUAUGACAUCAAAUGUAUGGGAGCAAAAAGCGUAUUGCGGAAGGUGCUUCAGCUAAUGUCCCACGCAGCACAAAUAACUGGACAAUUUCUUCUCUACACUGGAACAUAUAUGUUGCAGUUGAUGGGUGAAUAUGAUGAAGAUGGCACGUGUACAAGAUCAAGGCAGGAGUAGUGAACACAGCUGCACUUCUGGUAUUGGAUCCUUUUGCCAUUCUCUUGCCCAAUUAUGAUUGUAAUGAUGUUAUAAUAGGGGGAUGUCCACUGAUGUGAACUAACAUUUUUCCCGUUUGGGAAUGCUUGUAGGCCUUAGUCAUAAAAUAAGUGUUUGGUGUUCACAGGCUCUUAACGCAGCAAAAGGGUGGAUGCUUAAUGUCUGAGAAUUUGGCAAAAGGAGAGGGUGCAGGUUUUUGCCCCAGCAACUCAAAAUGGAGAAUAAGUAUAUUUGGAAACUUG